AUGGCGGCACCCUUCGCCAUCUUGACUCCAGGAGCUUUACCGUCUGCGAUCUCGAAGAACGAGGCAAAUAGCUUCAGAACUCAGCCACCCGUGUCUCAGGAAGACACUGAUAUCGAUAUGAUCCUAGGGCAAGAAUACGCCGAAUUAAAACAGACGGCAGCUUUCAAUGAAGACCCUGAAGGUGUAGAAGCAUUUCUUUCGUUUAUCCGCGCCGCUGCAUCUUCCGCAGCAGAAGAGGAAAGACUAGCGACGCAAAAUGGUAGCGAUGGCAGCCAACUCCAUGAAUUUCAACCUUGUUCUUCCGCCCAAAUGCCUUCCACAUCCGCUCAGGAUGACGUCUUCGAUGCUACCAACGGUUCCGCUGAUCUUACCCCUUCCUCCGGCCCUAUUCGGACUAAACAGGUCAUCUCCCACCAAACCGGUUAUAAUUCUUACUUCAACGCCAGGCCCUGUAAUUCUACUGCUGCCACUAUCCGGUUCCAACCCAAGAGAUGUCUCUGGACGAACAGCCCAGGCGGAGAACCAUGCGGCUACAUCUUCCAUCCCCAAGGAGAGGACGGCGAUCGAUUCGACUUGAACGAAAUACGAAAACAUAUGGAACGUCAGCACGUCAGUGUUUCGGCGUGGUUAAAUCGCCGAGCAACUCAGAACCUGAACUCUUCGCGUGCUCCGAAGACGAACGACCUGGUCGGGCCGAUUAUUCCCGAAUCGGAUAGGGUGCCUUGCAGUUGGAAAGGGUGUAAAAGGCCGAAGAUCUAUAUCCAGAGCCUCGCCAGACAUAUUCAGGAUCAACACUUGGAGGAUAAAGCGGAAUGUUCGAGAUGUUUUGAAGUUAUCGGAAAGGCGGGUAAGGACAAGCAACUGCAUUAUUCGAGGCUGAGAGGGUUGGGGGACAGAUCGAGGUGUGAAAUGAUCCAGGCGCAGAGGAAUAAGGAUAACCUUUGA